UUGAAAGCAUCCGCCUCAUAAUGAAAUCACUCAUCUUACUAGUAGCAGUGCUUGCCGUGGUUCACGGUAACUCAUUGAUAUGUCGCAACUAUCGGGCAGGUGCACUGCUCCCCAAUCCCGAAAACUGUGCCGAAUUUUUCAUGUGUCGUCCAGGACGAGCAGUACGAUUCACCUGCCCGGACAACACCAAAUACAACGCAGCCAUUCAGGCAUGUGACCCGACAAUGGCAGUGCGCUGCAAACCCGGCAAGCUUCCGGUGGACAUCGAAUACACUCCGAUCACCGCUCAACCGUCGGUCAUCGAGCACACCAACACGGCCUGCAUCAACAAACCGGUGGCCACGUUGCUGUCGAAUCCCCGCGAAUGCAACAGCUUCUACCAAUGUUCGCCGACCGGUGUGAUCGUCUUCGAGUGCCCAGCCGGAACACUGUUCGAUUCUAAUCGUCGCUACUGUGAACGCAGCGAUGUGGCUUCUUGUCAAUUCUUGCCUCAGUUGCCAAUGCCUAUUUUGCCGGAGUAUCCCGGCAUUAUCAUUCCGGAGAAUGAGGAUCAAGUGCUGAUGCGUUGCCGUGGUCAACGCGAGGGUGCCAAGAUUCGGCAUCCGACAAAUUGUCGUCAGUAUAUUCACUGUAGCUCACUAAAUCGAUCCCAAGUUUUUACCUGCCCGGCCGGAACGGCUUUCGAUGAACUGCGUAUGACGUGCGACUGGGAACGUAAUGUUAAGUGUAACAGAAGUGAGUGAUUAAAAUAAUUAUUUUUGGAACAAUCAGUGGCAAUAAAAAGUAUUAGGCUCAUUGAAAGCUAAGGUGGUGGGCAACGGGAAA